CUCAGACACAAACUGAAACUACAACCACUAAUAACUAUGAUGAUAGCAAAAAGUUCGUGUCUUCGGUAGCACCGCAGAUUGAAAUCAAAGAUAUUAUAAGUAAUGAAGAGAGGAUAAACGAUGCACUGGAAAUGAGUGCCAAAGAGACCAUUCGAAAUGAUGGGAAUAAAUGGAUUUCAUGUGGCAUCGAUUUACAGGAAGCACUAACAAAAUGGACAAGUAAAGAAGAUCGUAAUCGGGGAAAAGAUGAUGGGGAAGACCGUAAUGCAGGCCGAAAAAUAGACAUUAUCUGGUCUAUGAAGCCAACUGACCUUGAGUUCUUAUUAGUAAAUCAGUGGGCCACCGAACAAACUCGAUCAUUCACAUUCUUUAAUGACAAACUUAAAAUUGCCAAGAAUUUAAAAGUUAUCAUUAAUAGGAUUGUGAAAGAGUAUGGUGGUACGGGCAUGAACUUGAGUUUAUUAAAAUUGUACGGUCUACACGUUUAUUAUAAUGAAAUGAUUGUUUAUGAAAUGUCAAUACCAUUUCGUGGCCUGUAUGUUUUUCGUGAGGUUUUACAAUCAAAAUUACCAAUGAAUGCUGUUGAAGUGGGGUUAAUAAAACUUUCUGUACCAGCAUUUAUCGAAUUUAAGAAACGCGAGCCUCCUUUCUUGCUAAAGGUAGACUCGAAAGCUUCGUAUAAUAAUAAAUUUGGAAACUUCAAACAUAGCGAUAUAAUUGGGAAAGAAUAUGGAAGUCGAAUUCCAUCGCACAAUCAGAAAGCCUACAUGUAUCUUCUUUAUCCUACUCCCGAAUUAUGGACGAUGGUCCUUCCACAUAGAACGCAAAUUCUCUAUAUGCCGGAUAUUGCAUUUAUCACGACCGUUCUGGAUUUGAAGCCUGGAUCCAUCGUACUAGAGUCAGGAACCGGAAGUGGGUCAUUCUCUCAUUCUAUAGCCAGGACGAUAGCACCUCAUGGACAUUUGUAUACUUACGAGUUUCAUGAAGAGCGUGCAAAAUUGGCAAGACAAGAAUUUAGUGAUCAUGGACUUGGUAACAUUAUCUCAAUAGAAUGCAGGGACGUAUGUAAAAAUGGAUUUAGUAUAGAAAACCGUGUGAAUGCAGUAUUCCUAGACUUGCCUGCUCCGUGGGAAGCCAUAGCAUCGGCAAAAGCCGCAUUUAAGCAAAAUCAAAUAGGAAAGAUAUGUUGUUUCAGCCCCUGUUUAGAACAAGUACAGAGGACAUGUGUGGUUUUAAAUGAAGCUGGCUUUAGUGAAAUCCAGAUGUUUGAGUGCUUGGUAAGAACUCAUGACGUUCACACGAUUCCGGUCUAUACGAUCUCGGACGUGGUAGCAAAACUUAAAGCCCAGCAGGCAAAAAAGAGGAAAAGGGUUAGCGAAGACGAAGAUAGAGAAAUGGAGCCGGAGCAAAGUAAACAGGGGGAAAAGAGUGAUCCACCCAAUCUGUAUGUCUCCAGGACAACCAGAGAGACCAAGGGGCAUACUAGUUACUUGACAUUUGCGACAUUCUCGCCAGUCUCAAAUGAAGAAUUGAAUGCCUCAUAA